UACUGAUGCCACCUGAGAAAAAGUGCAGGGAAAAGGAAUGGAGAGCUAUUCCAUGGAAGCAGAGUGCCCUGUUUUCCCUGUUGCCCCGGUUUUAUCUCCAAAAUCCAUCCCCAGCUUCACCUUUACAAAGAAAAAUUCUAAGAUAAACAAGAAGAAAUCCGAGAAUCCGAGAAGAAUGGACGAGGAAGUAGUGUGGGAGGCCGAACCUGAUUGGGUGUGGCCAUCGAAAGGGAGGAUCGGUGGUGCGGUGAUGCUUGAGGGUUACGUUGAAGGGGCUGAUAGCGGAGAGAAGGGAUCCGAGGGUGGAUGUGAUGCGGUAGGGAGGACGAAGAGCUUGACGGAUGAAGAUCUCGAGGAUUUGAAAGGGUGUUUGGAUCUAGGGUUUGGGUUCAACUAUGAGGAGAUCCCGGAGCUUUGCAACACGCUGCCCGCCCUCGAGCUUUGUUACUCGAUGAGCCAGAAGUUCCUUGAUGAGCAGCAGAGGCAUUCGGCUGACAGCGGGUUGGGGGAUGAUUGUGGCUCGGCGGUACCGUCAGCGCCCAUAGCUAGUUGGAAGAUUUCCAGCCCUGGAGAUAGUCCGGAUGAAGUUAAGGCAAGACUGAAGUAUUGGGCACAAGCAGUGGCCUGUACUGUCAGAUUAUGCAACUAAAGCCCAGUUUUCAAAAUCUCCAUGGCUUCUCUUACAAAGCCAGAUCCAGUUUCUACUUAAUAUAUUUCUUAACAGAUUCUCAGUCGUUGGCCAGCCAGCAUAUGGUGCUUUGUUUGUAUCGCUGCAGAUGAUCUACCUGGAAUAUGAUUUAUAAUUGCAUAUUAUUAAAACCGAGGUAUUAACGAAGAGACGGAGGGGAGAUUUGUAAUAUUAUGUUUAUAUAUUAAGUAUCUACUCUUCUAUUUUUGGAGAGAUUUUUUUGUUUUAUCCAUCAUGUACUAUUUUAGAACUUUUACAAGCAUACCCUGCAUUUCUUUUGUAUUUAUAUGUCUACCACCAAACACUUUCAUAUCUAUA